CUAAAGUAUCUAAACACGAAACACAGAUGAGUCCAGUACGACAGAAACUGAGAUUAUGUUAUAAAUUAACAGUUUAUAUAUAUAUGUUAAAGCUCUGAAUGAAGGACAGAGAUGUGAUAGUGUUGUAAGUGGACAGCGGCUCUGCGCUUUACGCGCGGCUCGACGUCAGUUGCGCGCAGCAGUGCAGCAGCGAGCAUCGCACGAGCAGCCUGCGUUCAUUUCCAAAGCUUCAGCCUCCCGCGCGUCAACUGAUCCACGAUACCGGCUCAUAUCAGUCACUGGUCCUGUCUUUCAGAGCAGCCGUACAUGGAUUUCUCCAGGAUCUGCCCUAUGUAAAAUGGACGCCCGCUCGGAAGGUUUGCGCAGUGAAACGGACACGCAGAGCAUCGCUGACGGAGUGUCCUCAUCUCUCUCCGUGACCAUGCCGUGAUCGCAUCGCGGAACAAAAACACCUCGAAAGCAGAAAUAAGUGGGAAUCUUACGGUCCGUCCAAGGGAAUGACAUGCCGCGCAUCACAGGCAACAUGAAGAUUUGCUUCCCUCUGAAAACUCAUGUGCUGCUUUUACUAUGCGUGGGAUUUUCGCACGAGAUGCCACAUGUGUUAAGAUUUGGGGGGAUAUUUGAAUCCAUCGAGAGUGGGCCAUCCGGUGCUGAAGAACUUGCCUUUAAGUUUGCUUUAAAUACAAUCAACAGGAACAGAACCUUACUGCCAAACACCACACUCACAUAUGACAUCCAAAGGAUUAACAUUCAUGACAGUUUCGAAGCCUCCAGAAAAGCAUGUGACCAGCUGUCUCUGGGCGUGGCAGCCAUCUUUGGCCCCUCCCACAGUUCUUCAGCCAAUGCGGUGCAGUCCAUCUGUAACGCUCUGGGAGUGCCGCACAUCCAGACCAAGUGGAAGCACCAGGUGUCGGAUAACCGCGACUCUUUCUACGUCAGUCUCUACCCAGACUUCUCCUCUCUCAGCAGAGCCAUUUUAGACCUGGUCCACUUCUUCAAGUGGAAAACGGUCACUGUGGUGUACGACGACAGCACAGGUCUGAUUCGAUUACAGGAACUCAUCAAGGCUCCAUCUCGUUACAACAUCCGAUUAAAAAUCCGGCAGCUGCCAGCAGAGACAAAAGAUGCCAAGCCGCUUCUCAAGGAGAUGAAACGAGGAAAAGAAUUUCAUGUGAUUUUCGACUGUGGUCAUGAAAUGGCCGCUGGCAUCCUAAAACAGGCUCUCGCCAUGGGAAUGAUGACAGAGUAUUACCACUACAUUUUUACCACCCUGGAUCUCUUCGCAUUGGACGUGGAGCCCUAUCGCUACAGUGGAGUCAACAUGACAGGAUUCCGUAUUCUUAACACGGAGAACAGCCAAGUGUCCUCCAUCAUUGAAAAAUGGUCUAUGGAGCGUCUGCAAGCACCUCCUAAACCUGAUUCUGGCCUGCUGGAUGGCUUCAUGACAACAGAUGCUGCCCUGAUGUAUGACGCCGUGCAUGUGGUGGCCGUGGCCGUCCAACAGUCUCCUCAAAUCACCGUCAGUUCACUCCAGUGUAACCGUCACAAGCCCUGGCGCUUUGGCAAUCGCUUCAUGACUCUCAUCAAAGAGGCCCACUGGGACGGCUUGACCGGACGAAUAAAUUUCAACCGAACCAAUGGCUUGAGGACAGAUUUCGAUCUGGAUGUGAUCAGCCUGAAGGAAGAAGGCUUGGAUAAGAUUGGCACGUGGGAUCCUGUGAGUGGUUUGAACAUGACAGAAAACCAGAAGGGGAAAACAACCAAUGUGACAGACUCUCUUUCCAACAGAUCACUGGUGGUGUCCACGAUACUGGAAGAGCCUUAUGUGAUGUUCAAGAAGUCAGAUAAGCCGCUGUAUGGUAACGAUCGUUUCGAGGGCUUCUGCAUCGACCUGCUGCGAGAGCUCGCUGCUAUACUGGGCUUUAGUUAUGAGGUGCGACUGGUGGAGGACGGCAAGUACGGAGCCCAGGAAGAGAGCACGGGCCAGUGGAACGGGAUGGUCAGGGAACUAAUGGACCACAAAGCUGAUCUUGCAGUGGCACCCCUGGCCAUCACGUACGUGCGGGAGAAGGUCAUCGACUUUUCCAAGCCCUUCAUGACGCUGGGGAUAAGUAUACUGUACCGCAAGCCCAACGGCACCAACCCGGGGGUCUUCUCCUUUCUCAACCCCCUCUCUCCCGACAUCUGGAUGUAUAUUCUGCUCGCUUACUUGGGUGUCAGUUGUGUGCUGUUUGUCAUAGCCAGGUUUAGUCCCUACGAAUGGUAUAACCCCCACCCGUGCAAUCCGGACUCGGACGUGGUUGAAAACAAUUUCACUCUCCUUAAUAGUUUCUGGUUCGGAGUUGGAGCUCUCAUGCAGCAAGGAUCUGAGCUCAUGCCAAAAGCCCUUUCUACCAGGAUAGUAGGGGGAAUCUGGUGGUUUUUUACCCUAAUCAUCAUCUCCUCCUACACGGCCAACCUAGCUGCUUUCCUCACCGUGGAGAGAAUGGAAUCUCCCAUCGAUUCUGCGGAUGAUCUGGCCAAACAGACAAAGAUCGAGUAUGGUGUGGUGGAGGAUGGCUCAACAAUGACGUUUUUUAAGAAAACGAAGAUCUCCACAUAUGAUAAAAUGUGGGAGUUCAUGAGCAGUCGCAGACAUUCGGUCAUGGUGAAGAGCAUUGAGGAGGGGAUCCAGCGUGUCCUGACAUCAGAUUACGCUUUCCUUAUGGAAUCCACCACCAUCGAGUUUGUCACUCAACGCAACUGCAACCUCACACAGAUCGGAGGCCUCAUCGACUCCAAGGCCUAUGGAGUUGGUACACCUAUGGGCUCUCCGUACCGAGAUAAGAUCACCAUUGCCAUCCUACAGUUACAGGAAGAAGGAAAGCUUCACAUGAUGAAGGAGAAGUGGUGGAGAGGUAACGGCUGUCCAGAGGAGGAGAAUAAAGAGGCCAGCGCACUGGGUGUCCAGAACAUUGGUGGCAUCUUCAUCGUGCUGGCCGCUGGACUCGUCCUCUCUGUUUUUGUGGCAGUUGGAGAAUUUCUCUACAAGUCCAAACAAAACGCACAGCUAGAAAAGAGGUCCUUCUGCAGUGCCAUGGUGGACGAGCUUCGGGUGUCCCUCAAGUGCCAGCGGCGGCUCAAACACAAGCCGCAACCUCCCGUCAUGGUCAAAACAGACGAAGUAAUCAACAUGCAUACCUUCAAUGACCGAAGAUUACCGGGCAAAGAGACCAUGGCCUGAAACAGACACCAGCUUGCUCUUCUCAAGCCUGGAGGAGAAAAAAAUCAUGGGGAAGAAAUUUGGGCAGGAUGAAGUCAGGUUUCUAUACGGGAAGGAAAGCUUGUCAUUUCAAACAAUUAGUUACUGGAAAAAACAAACAGCAGAACUGAAACAUAUUUCCUGUGGAAAUAAAUGGGCAAAAUUUUAGUUACCUCAUUGCCCCAGAUCAUCACCCGAGCAAAGACGGAUGGUAACAGGAAAUACACGCGGCUAGAGCAGUGGGAUUCAAAACUAUGUGCUGCAGGCAGGGUGGUUUCUCUGCUUAUUAUGUUUCUAUUUAGUUUGAUAAAAAUCGCUGGGCUGCGGUCUGUCCGCAGAGCAGCCGUGUGCUUUAGAAAGAGCACAGACACUUGCAGGGGCAAAAGACAGACUGGUUUUUAAUACACACAGUACUUGUGCUUCUUUUAAAUUACAGCGACGGUGCAGAACUACUCUGAUACAAUCAGUCUGCAACAGUAUUUAUUGAGGCGAUACAGCAAUAUCACCGAAACCAUUAACCGUGUUUCUUACCCACACUCACAAGCUAUGGAACAGAAUAGGACAACAGGCAAUAUAUGACUUUCAUUUGCUUGCAUUUUAAAGUAUUAACACCAUCAGUGUGUAAGACCAGAGUGUUAUUUUCAAGUAAAACAUAGUCCAUGUAGUAAAGUGAGUGUAUGUGUCCAGUGCACAAGGACAUGUCAGGGUCACAUUUAACCCCCAAAUUUUGAUACUAUAACACGCUUUAUGCUUAACUCAUGCUUAAAAUGUCUUCUCUCAGAUUCUUAUUGCUAUAGUAUUUGUAUUACAAUUAAUACAAUGAUUUCUUUAUUUAAAAUCAGAAUGCAUUCGCAACAAACAUUGACAUUGUUUAUAAAUACUUCACAGUUUAAAUAUUUAUAUUUAUCCACAUUACUGUAACACAAAAAUAUAUUUCUUUCCAUUACACUAAUAAAAAUUGUGUGUGUGGGGGGGGUUAAUAUUUUAUUUUAAUGAAAAUAAUGUUAAAAUCUAAAUAAUAUUUAUAUUUAGCAACAUAUAAUUGAUUGUGUAGUUUUUAUUUUUAUUUUGGGGAAACAUGGCCCUUACAUGUUCUUGAUAGAUUUUCUAAGACUCACCUGAUAGCUCUCCAAAAAACGAGAUAAAUGAACAUAGUCCAAGAAACACAAAUGUAUUUAUUUCAGCGUUUAUCUUUUUUCUGUGAUGCUCACAGCAACUACAAAUACACCUAGCUAUCCAUUAAUAUUUUACGUCUGUAUUCAUAUUGUUUCGAUAUGAAAUAGUUUCAUUUGAAUGUCACGUUACAGGUUUGUACUUUUGUGAAUUUGAUUUCAGAAACAGAAUCCUCAUAUAAACUUGUGCAGAUGUAGGAUUUAUAUAAAAAUAAGGCGUUUUGUACAAUGUCAACAUUUUGUAAUAAUUUUUAUCAACACAAAUCAAUCAUUGACAUCUCUCUCUCUCGAUACGGGGAGAGGGGGUGGUCACGCUGUGAAAUCUCCCCUGGGACCGAUGCAUUUCGACGCGCCACAUGUGACAAAAGACAGCCAGGAUCACAUCACCUGGCCUCUGUGAACAAGAUUCUGUGCCAGGAUUAAUGAUCGACGACCGAUGUGGACAGAGCACACUGGUGUCCGUAUGAGACGGGCAAGUGCUGAACAUGCCUGGUAAUGUUGAUUUGACACAUUUUGGACAGAUCCUAUUUUUAUCAUGUAAAGGAAUCAUAUUUAAAGAAAGAUAUUUUUACUUGAGAUAAAUAGAAAUAAAUAAACCUGAUCCGGACUUGUGAUAUAUACAUAAUAUAUACGAAUAUAAAAAUGUGGACUGCUAAUGUUACUUCUUAUUCGAUGCCCCAGUUUCUAAUAGACUGCUAGUACUCGGUACCGAGACGUUGUGUGUAAAUGGUUUAAAAUGGAUAAGAUGUAUUUAAAGAUUUUUUCAAAUACAAAGCUAAUUUUGACCAUAUUGUGAAAACAAACUCAAGUGCACACAGUUUACUGUCUUAAAAUGAUGCACAAGUUUAAAGGAAGUCAUUAAAAAAAGUUCAGCACA